GCCAAGUCAUUAGUAAGCGUAUGUCAAGCCAUUUCAUUUUAUAAAGUUCCGGCCAUCGUGGUUCCGGCAGGUUUCGGUUAGAAAAACGUUUGAAAAGUUAGAAAAGCGCUGAAGCUUAAGUAUGUCCGGGAUCUUCAUCCUACUGGCCUUCAAAGAAGUUUGAUCGUUCCAUUCCCUUUUCGGUCGGAGAAGCUGCCGGGCCCAUCUGCACAUUGACUUUUGGGAAAUGAGUCAUGCGCUGUUGCCAGACCUUUCCAAGCAUUUGUCAUGAUCGGCCCUCAGCACCUGAUCUCCACUACCCCCAUAUUCUCCGCAUGCGCGACUGCUAGAAAUUGCCACUUGCCUAUUGCACGCCUCUGUCGGAAGCGAACUUUUGCAGAGAUGAAUGCAUCUGCCUAUGCCUGCUCACCUUGUGGGAAAACGUUCACGGGGCCAGAGCCGUACAACCAACACAUAGCCUCGGAGAAGCACAAGAAAAAAAUUCAAAAUGGGCCUGUCCCCUCGUCGAGCCUUGUGUGCGAGCCGUGCCAGAUGAGCUUCACGGGACCUGCUCCAAUGCGAGAUCAUAUGGCCAGUGCAGGCCAUACUAAAGCCAUGGCACAGCACCAGGCAUUGACGGGGCAGGCACUGCUGACCUCGGCAGUGGAGACGACGUCCAUUAGGCUAGCCUGUUCGAGCGCAAACAAAAGCAGUUACUUGAAGUGUGAAGUAUGCAACAUCCCGAGUUUUCCAUGUGCCAAGGAUGCCUAUGACCACUACGAGUCGGAUGAGCACUGGAACCGUAAGCAAGCCGUGCAGUUAGGCAUUGAACCAUCAACUUACCGCCCGGUCGGAUGUCUCCAGCCCUCCAUCAUUAACACUCAAAUGAUCGAAAUACCGACCAAAUUACCCAAGUCCGUGCUGGUCUGCAAAACAGAGGAAAGUUUCGAGGAUUUCUGUAGGAGAAAUAACCUCCCGUUCCUUGUAUGAUGUUACACGAAGCAAAAGCUGAGAUCAUCUGGCUCAUUUGGGAGCACCAUCUGUGUGUUCAUUGAAUGAAAGCCUUUGUUUGUUUGUUUGUUUUUGUCUGUUUUCAUAAUGCACACUUCAACGGAUAGCCUUCUUACCUCGCUGGCAUUUCUGCAAUAAACCUGUAGGUGGACUCAAGAAGCAUUGCUUAAAAUUGUUAUGAAUGCAGGCGAGUUGUAAAUUAUAUAUAAUGUGCACAGCUUGUUUGUUAUGUAACCAGGACUGUCUUGGUACUGAUGAAGUUGCACGAUAUUGCUACUUCACACCGUCUCAGUCAUUUGGACUUGUAGCACUGAAGAUGUGAAAAAUAGUUAUGCAUAGUUGUUUUAUUAAGAUAGAUGCGUUUUUGGUUACUCUGUUCAAACUUCGGAAAUGGUCAUUUACAGUUACAUUUUCAUUGAGUUUUGAAUAAAAAGUGUAUUUACCAAAUUAUGCUCUGUGGCUUACUUUCAUACCUGCCAGCUCUCCCGAACUUUUUCAUAAUGUGCAGAAAUUUAGGCUCGUUCUACAAUUUUACAAAUUUUGUAUCAAGCUUACGAAAAAUAUUCUAUUUGCAAAAUAGUUUUAAAGGUGUUGAAGGAUGAGAGGAUGCACGGUUGCAAAAGAUGCGUUAAAAAAUUGUGACGAUACCUGUACCAACCUUACUACUGUAACACACCUUUUAUUGCACUAUCUUAUGUACUAUCGACCCAAAACGUUUACUGACCAAGUGAUCUGACAAAAAGCUGAAUAUCUCUGAAGCCUCAAAACACAGCCUGGUAUGCCUAUUUCUAGCCUCUACUGGUAUAUGCGAACAACAUUGUGAUGUACGGUUUUACUGGCUACUUUUAAAGGCUGCUCGGAUAUUUAGUAUUUUUUGAGAUCCCGUGGUCCGUAAACUUUUUUGGUCGAUAGUACAUUCUUGCAUGUACCGGUGUGGUGAAAAUCAAUUUCCUGGGUGCUUACUUUGAUCUAGCUUGUUCAGCCAAGCUCCAAAAGCUCACUAAAUUGGCAAGAGUGAAGCUGCUGAAAUAGUCACUGUUAUCUGAAAUCUCACCAUCUGCUGCUCCUAGCUUGCCGCAGCUUGUGAGCAGCGUGUAAAUGUAAAUCGGAAAUAAAGUGCGUAUGUAUCCCACAAACAUCUGUAC